UCCUUAUAGAGCAGUGGAAGCCCCUGGACCCGGAGGGGAAGAAGCAGUACGACAGGGAGUUCCUACUGGAUUUCCAGUUCAUGCCUGCCUGUAUCCAAAAGCCAGAGGGGCUGCCUCCCAUAAGCGACGUGGUUCUCGACAAGGUGAGAGGAGAGCCGAUCAAGCAGGUCAAUCAGCCAAAAUUGCCACUGAGAACCCUGGACCCUCGGAUACUGCCUCGAGGACCAGACUUCACGCCAGCCUUCGCUGAUUUUGGGAGGCAAACCUCUGGUGGAAGAAACGUAUCUGGAAGUGCCUGCAAAGUGCAGAGCAACCCUGGAUUGCCUUCCCUGGCUCGGUGCGGUUCCCCAGCAUGCCCUCUCUUGGUCUCGCCUCACCCAAAAUUGAGGAACCUGCCGAUAGGGUUGUUGAAUGUUGGACCGAGGAGAUCUCAGCCAGGCCAGAGGAGAGAGCCCAGGAAGAUCAUCACUGUGUGUGUGAAGGAGGAUGUCCACCUGAAGAAGGCAGAGAACGCCUGGAAGCCGAGCCUGAAGAGAGAAAACCAAACUGAGGACCCAGAAAAUGUCAAAACCCAGGAGCUGUUCCGCAAGGUACGAAGCAUCUUGAACAAGCUGACACCCCAGAUGUUCAAUCAGCUCAUGAAGCAAGUGACAGACCUGACGGUAGAUACAGAAGAGAGGCUGAAAGGAGUCAUCGACCUGGUCUUCGAGAAGGCUAUCGAUGAACCGAGCUUCUCGGUGGCGUAUGCCAACAUGUGCAGAUGUCUUGUAACGCUGAAAGUGCCCAUGGCAGACAAACCUGGGAGCACAGUAAAUUUCCGCAAGUUGCUGUUAAAUCGCUGCCAGAAGGAAUUUGAAAAGGACAAGGCUGACGACGAUGUCUUUGAAAAGAAGCAGAAAGAACUUGAAGCUGCUACCACUCCAGAGGAGAAGACGCGGCUCCAUGACGAGUUGGAAGAAGCCAAGGACAAAGCUCGACGGAGAUCCAUUGGGAAUAUAAAAUUCAUUGGCGAGCUUUUCAAACUAAAAAUGCUGACGGAGGCUAUCAUGCAUGACUGCGUGGUAAAGCUGCUGAAAAACCACGAUGAGGAGUCCCUCGAGUGCCUUUGCCGCCUGCUAACUACCAUUGGCAAGGACCUGGACUUUGAGAAAGCAAAGCCUCGCAUGGACCAGUAUUUUAAUCAGAUGGAGAAGAUUGUGAAAGAGAGAAAAACAUCUUCAAGGAUUCGGUUCAUGCUUCAGGAUGUAAUAGACCUAAGGCUGUGCAACUGGGUGUCACGGAGAGCAGACCAGGGCCCGAAGACCAUCGAGCAGAUUCAUAAAGAAGCCAAGAUUGAAGAGCAAGAAGAACAGAGGAAGGUCCAACAGCUCAUGACCAAAGAGAAGAGGAGACCGGGGCGUUGUGUUUGUCGUCUGACAGGUGUCCAGCGGGUCGACGAAGGCGGUUGGAACACUGUGCAGGGGGCAAAGAACAGCAGAGUGCUGGACCCCACCAAGUUCCUUAAAAUCACCAAGCCCACAAUAGAUGAGAAGAUUCAGCUUGUGCCUAAAGCCCAGUUGGGCAGCUGGGGAAAGGGCAGCAGUGGUGGAGCAAAGGCAAGCGAGUUGGACUCCUUACGACCAAGUGCCACUAGUUUGAACAGAUUUUCUGCACUUCAGCCUCCAGUCUCAUCUGUAUCUGCCUCAUCUGCAUCCUCAGAAUUAGAUUCUCGCAGGGCCUUAACUAGUCGCGGGAGCACGGGCAGGGAGAAGAAUGACAAACCUCUCCCACCUUCCCUCUCCCGUCCCAACACCUUCCUUCGGGGCAGCAGCAGUAAAGAGCUGCUGCUCGACAAUCAGGCACAAGAGGAGCAGCGGAGGGAGAUGCUGGAGACGGUGAAGCAGUUAACAGGCGGCAUGGAGAUGGACAGAAGCAGCACAGAGGCAGAGAGGAACAAAGCCAAGGAAUCUGCCAAGCCAGAAGCUCCCCCAGCUCCAGUGCAAGAAAAGCCUUCACUAUCAGAAGAGGAAAUAGAGAGGAAAUGCAAAUCUAUUAUUGAUGAGUUCUUGCAUAUUAAUGAUUUUAAGGAAGCAAUGCAGUGCGUGGAGGAGCUGAGCGCCCAGAAUCUGCUGCCUGUUUUUGUGCGAGUGGGAGUGGAGUCGACGCUCGAGAGGAGUCAGAUCACCAGGGAUCACAUGGGCCAGUUAUUACAUCAGUUGGUGCAGUCGGGAAAGAUGAGCAAGCAGGAUUUCUUCAAGGGUUUUUCAGAUACCUUGGAGAUGGCGGACGAUAUGGCCAUAGAUAUACCCCAUAUUUGGUUGUACCUAGCUGAGUUGGUGACCCCCAUGUUAAAAGAAGGAGGAAUCUCUAUGAGAGAACUUAUACAAGAAUUUAGCAAACCUUUGCUUCCUGUGGGAAGAGCCGGCGUCUUGCUUGCUGAAAUCUUGCACCUUCUAUGCAAACAAAUGAGCCAUAAGAAAGUGGGAGCCUUGUGGAGGGAGACUGGCCUCAGUUGGAAGGACUACUUACCCGAAGGGGAGGAUGUACAUACCUUUCUCAUGGAACAAAAGUUGGACUUCACAGAGUCCGACUGUUCCAGUUCCUCAGAAGCACUUUCAGAGAAAGAACUCUCUGCGGACGAGCUGAACAAGCAGCUAGAAAAACUCAUUGUUGAGGACAAGGCGAAUGAUGAACAAAUCUUUGACUGGGUAGAGGCUAAUCUAGAUGAAAGCCAGAUGAGUUCACCUACAUUCCUUAGAGCUUUAAUGACAGCAGUUUGUAAAGCAGCUAUUAUAGCGGACUCUUCUAGCUUCCGUGUGGACACUGCUGUUAUCAAGCAGAGAGUGCCGAUCUUACUCAAGUACCUAGACUCGGACACAGAGAAGGAACUACAAGCACUUUAUGCACUACAAGCAUCAAUAGUAAAACUUGAUCAGCCUCCUAAUUUGUUGCGGAUGUUUUUUGAUUGCCUGUACGAUGAGGAGGUGAUAUCAGAGGAUGCCUUCUACAAGUGGGAGAGCAGCAAGGACCCAGCAGAGCAGAACGGGAAAGGAGUAGCGCUAAAAUCUGUCACAGCAUUCUUCACGUGGCUACGGGAAGCCGAAGAGGAGUCGGAGGAUAAUUAAAACUUAAAAUACAGAGAGAGAGAGGAAAAAAAAACAAAACAAACAAAAAAAAAACAAACAAAAAAACAAAAAAAAAAACAAUUUAAGUAUUUUUUUAAAGAGUUUCACGUCUUCGCCAAUCACAGUGCAGCAAGGCCAAUUCUCGCGCAGACCCCCCUUCCCCCACACAUGCACGAGUGGGAGAGGUAAAAAUAGAUAAACACAAAGGUGAUCAUGGAGGAGAAAAGGUACUUGAAAAAAAAAAGUAAACUUCAAACCUGAGGGCGGGAGCACUAAACCAAAAUACAUGUAUUAUUUAUAGAAAAUAUUUUCUGUUUUAAUCUUUUUUUUUCUUUUCUUUUUAAACAAGGACUCACUUACGAAAACAAAGCGAAACAAAUCUGUUUAGCAAAAAAAAAAGUUGAAAACUUUUAAUUUAUUAUUUUAAGGACUGCAAAUGCCAGUGUAAUUUUUAAAUUUGCAGUUUCUGUAAACAAAUUGUAUAAUAGAACAAAAGCAGAGAAAUAAAUUUCCCUCCCCUUCAUAUGCACCUCAGUUUUGUUUCAAAGCAUGAUAAGUAGACAAAACUUUCAAGGGGGUUGGGGUAAGCUAGAUGAGGAAGAGAUCAGAUUUUUUUUUUUUUUAAUUGUCAUCAGAUUUUUCUGCCUGCCUCUCAGCUUGCUUCAGAAAUUUAAAAAGAAAAUAGUAAUCAAAACGUACAUAACCUUGGAACGGAAGGAAAUGCAUUUGAGAAAACCGCUGCGGACCAGAGUGCUCCGAAAAUAACUCAUUCAAAACAGUGCUACCCUGGGGAAAAAGUACUAGUGAUACUUUCAGAACCUUUAGAGCAACUUUAAGGCUUGUAAAUACAUAGAACAAAUAUUUAAAAAAAGAAAAAAAGAAA